AUGAAGCCGGUCUUGAGCACUUUCACAUCUUCUUUUAUCUUGGGAGCCUGUCUUCCAUGGGAGGGCGAAUCCAACCUCCAUUCCCUCUCCAGCAGACAAUACUCCGCCUGCGAUAAAUACAGCGCCGGCCUCUGCUCCUGCUUCUGCAACUACAACGGAUACCAAUACUACCGCUGCGCCCCAGACCAAUGCAUGUGCUACAACACCUACGAACCGGACUGCUACUACGCAUACUACUACUACCCGUCUGGUGGCUAUCCCUCGCCAGAAGAAUUCUAUCCUCCGCAGUACCCCAGCUGCCCUGAUUUCCCUUACUGUGACCAGAUCCCGUACGAGGAUGAGUGCCAUACUUGCACGGCUGCGGAUGUCUAUCCCGCUCCUACUGAUUGUCCUACUUGUACUGUCCGGCCUACGACGGAGUGUCCGACUUGCACUGAACAUACUUCGAAUACCUAUCCAACGUCGAAUACCUAUCCAACGUCGAAUACAUACCCAACGUCGAACACAUACCCUACAUCAAACACAUACCCCACAUCCAACACCUAUCCAACGUCGAACACAUAUCCAACGUCAAACACAUACCCAACGUCAAACACAUACCCAACGUCAAACCAGUACCCUUCCAACCAGUACCCUACGUCCAACCAGUACCCGCAGCCUAGCAUCCCUAGACCACCACCUUCCCAACCAAGCGAAUACCCGUCUCCGGGCGGCGGCAGCGGAGGAGGAGGAGGAGGUGGUGGUGGUGGACGUCCAUCCCCAUCUCCAGGCGGCGGCGGCGGAGGUAGUGGUGGCAGCCCCGGCGGCGGUAGCUCUCCACAGCCUCAGCCUCAACCUCCUCGGCCUCCUCAGCAGCCUCCUCAGCCUCCUUCCCCUGGGGGUGGAAGUGGAAGUAUGCCAGGUGGGAAUACCGGUGGUGGGGGGUCCUCUGGCGGCUCUGCGGGAGGCUCGGGAGGCUCGGGAGGUUCCUCAGGGGGUUCGUCCGGGUCUGGAGGAAGUCGGCCGCAGCCUUCGCCUUGA